AUGAAGUCGCUCAUCCUGCUCGCGCUCGUCGCCGCGGUCACCGCCGGGAAGUCUCCUCGGCUGAAAUUUGUCGUGCACGAGCCUUCCAGGUUCCACUUCAACAAACCUGAGAACUACAUCAGCAUGUACCACCCGGAGGGAAGUGACACGCUGUACGUGGGCGGCCGGGCGAUGAUCUACGAGCUGACGUUCAGUGACCGAGGCGUCCGCGACCUGCAGAUCCCAGCGGCUUCCGAUCAGACUGCGAUCGACACCUGCAAGGCAAAGGCUGCGCCACUCGAGCUGGAGUGUGAUAACUUCAUCACAGUCAUUCAGAAAGUGAACGACACGUUCAUCGCGUGUGGAACGAACGCCGGGAGCCCGAGGUGCUGGAUGCUGGUGAACGACACCGUGCUGACGGACGUUCAGGGCAACGGGCAGAUGGCCUCGGCCUCGGACAUCUCACCGCCCUACCCGUCCCAGAAGUCCAUCAGCCUGCCUGCAGAUGGGAGUCUGUAUUCGGCGAUGUCUUCGGUGGCAGGUCAGGCCGGCUCGAUCCGCCGAACGUUUGGCCCCCAGAAGCUGCUGAAGACCGAGAACAUUUGGCUGCUGAAUCCUCAGUUUGCUGGUGCCGCCAUUAUUCCGUCUGCGCACAAGGACAAGGAGGAGCUCUACUUCUUCUUCAGCGAGUUCAACAAGACGGCCCGAGUGGACGAGGAGCCGUACCGAGCUCGCAUCGGGCGCCUCUGCACGGUGGACGAAGGAGGCAUCAAAGCUCUGCUGGCCGACUCGUGGACGACCUUCAAGAAGGCUCGGAUGAUGUGCGGCUCAGGCAACACCCAGCAGCAGUACAACAACUUGAAGCAGGCCGUGGUGCUGACGGCGCAGGACAAGAGGGCCGGGGUCCUGUACGGCCUGUUCUCCAACGCAUGGGGCAGAACCGUGAUCUGUGCCUACUCCAUUGAAGAUAUUGACCAGGCCUUCACCAACAGCAAGCUGAAGGGCUACAGCAGCUCGUUCGGCAGCAAUCGCCCUGGAAUGUGCGUCCGCAAAAACGCGACCGCCGGCCACAACGACAUCAAGAACCUGGGGAUCAUCAGGUACCACCCGGAGAUCGAGGACGUCAUCCGGCCCGUGGGCGUGUCUCCUCUGGACCUGCCCAUCGAGGACCAGAUCACCCACGCCGUGGCGGACAUCGUGCUGGCGGUGAACGACGAGCACUACAGCGUCCUGUACCUCGGAACCGAACAAGGCAAAGUUCUGAAGGUUCUCCACUCCAGCGAGGGGGUCUUCAUCAUAUCCCAGUACUCCCUGUUCCACAACGAGGGCCCCGUUCUCAACAUGGCCAUCGACGCCCAGAAGGGACAUCUGUACGUCGGCACGGCGAUGGAGGUCCAGCGCCUGCAGCUGGCUGACUGCCGUCGCUAUGGGGACACGUGCAGGGAGUGCAUCCUGGGCCGGGACCCGUACUGCGGCUGGGACAAGGCCCGGAGGAGGUGCAUCGCCAUCCCGCCCGGAUACAACGCCACCACUGGGGCGCUGAUGCAGAAUCUGGACCAGUCCAACUCGUCGGUUUGCGGGGAAGCUGCUGCUCUGAAGCAGCGUCGCACUUCACCCAGAGAAGUGGUGGUCCAGUCCAACACCUCCAUCUUCCUCCCCUGCCCCGUGCGCUCCUUCCACGCCACCUACCGCUGGGAGAAGGACAACUGCAUCAAGAACUACCCCUGCCUCUUCUCCGGGGACUUCUGCGUCCUGGGGCCCACCUUCAACACGCCCCUGAAGGAGGGCGUCUUUCGAUGCAUGGCCACCGAGGACGGGUUCAAGGUGGAGGUGAUCUCCGUCAGGCUGGUGAACGACGGCCGGCUCCUGGCCGCCUCCCUGGCCUCCACCUUGGGGCCGUCACUGCUGCUGGCCGUGGCCGCCCUGUGGCUCCAUUAA